GGAUGAACAUGCAAGAUGCAGGUAGCAGAGAUAAUCAACAGAAAAGAGCAAAAUCUAACAAUGAGGAAGAUUAUGAAGGAGAUCUUAUCAACAAAUUACCAGAUGGAAUCCCUGUAGCCAUUUUAUCUAAAUUGCCAAUAAAUGAGGCUGCUAGGACCAGCAUCCUCUCAAGAAAAUGGAGAUAUCUAUGGACCUUUUUUUGUGGAACCUUAGAAUUUGAUGGUUCACCAAUUAUGAAAGACAUGAAAAAAGACAUUAAGAAGGCUGCAGGAAGGCAAUUGCAGACGGCAAUGGAGAUCAUGUAUGAUGCUGAAAGGCAAACAUAUACAACUUGGAUCAAUGAAUUGUUAAGUUCACUCAAGAGUUCCACUCUACAAGGAUUGAAAUUUUGGUUUCAUGUGGGUACUGGGUGUGAUGUUGAUAAGUGGAUUCACUUUGCCAUUCAAAAGAAGGUUCAAAAGCUUGAGCUGUAUUUUGGACAUACAUUUGAAUAUGUUCUUCCAUUGCACUUGUUUAAACUAGAAAGCUUUAAUUCCUUGCAUGUUUUGCGUCUGAAAUCCAUUACUGUGACCGAGGAGAUGCUGGAGUAUUUACUGUGUCGCUGUCCAUUACUUAAAACGUUGAGCUUGGUUAACUCGGGAGUUCCAAAAACUAUGAAGGUUUCAGGUCCAUCACUCAAGCUGAAAUGUCUAGAAUUGGUAAGAUGCUGGGAGCUGAUAAAACUAGAAAUUUUUGCUGAGAAUUUGAUGUCAUUCAAAUACUAUGGAUCUCAUUUGGACACAGAAUUUAAGAGCGUUCCAUGUCUUGUGGAAGCAACAUUUGGAGGAUCCUUUGUGGAGUUCACUAGAGAAAGUUUUCUCCCACAAAUAAAAGUGCUUAAAUUGGAUAUUACACAAAACGAACCUCAAGUGCUUUUCCGGCUAAGUCAACUUCCCAAGUUAAAAAAUCUCAAGCAUUUGGAGCUGGUUGCCUGUGUUGAUGAUGGUAUCACACUUGCUUGUGCAUUGCUAUUAAAGGCAACACAUUCACUAUGGAGGUUCACACUCAAGAUGCUAAAUACCAAACCCUCUUUUAGAACAGAACGCAAAUUUACAAUGGAAUCUCGGUGCAAUCUCAAAGAGUUGGAAUUGGUUGGGUUUUGUGGAGCAGCAUGUGAAGUUGAAUUAGUUAUGUACAUACUUGAGAAUGCAGCUGAACUCCAGAAGAUAAUUAUUGACACAAGGUUACCAACUAAACCGAAAUUGAGACCGCUAGGGGAGCAAUGCAAAACUUGGGAUCAUGAGGAAAACAGAAAGCGUGCAAGAGGACUUCAGGAGAAAAUACCACCUUGGAUUGAGUUUGUUUGUAUUUGACGUAGUAUUGGAAGCACAAGCAUCAUAAGUAUUGGUAUUGAAAACAAAAUGCUAUAUAUCAACAGUGGAUAAGCAUCAUAAAAAGAUUUGGAUAUUGUCAUCAUUUAGAAUACUCAAAGUUAUUUGCAAAUUUUAGUUCAAAAGAAAAUAAAGAUUCAAGUGUUAACUGAAUUCCUACAAUUUGCUAUGCCAAACUGCAAGAGGGAUCCGA